AUGACGGUGAACUGGGCAUUGGCGAUAUCUCUCUUGGGAUUGUUGGUGACUUCGUGGUACUACGUAAACAUGCUUACAUUGACGCAACAGCUCCAGCAGGCGAACACACUGAAUGCAAUGCAUGCAGAAUACUCGUCUCCAAAGACAUUGGAAGCCCUAGAAAUCCUUGAGGAGUUCAUCGACGAACGAGGGGUUGUUAACUAUGCAUUCGACUUUUUAGAGUUGAGGAGGAAAAGGGACGCAAAGGGUCGGGCCAUAGAUCGCGCACGCCGGCAUCUGACGCAGUGGUUUUCUCGCGUCCAGUAUUUCUAUGAAUUUGGAUAUUUGAAACACGAGUACAUCUUGCGUUUUCCGGGACCUGAGCGGAGCCGUCACUUCCUCCACCUAAUAGAGCCUCUAGAGUUUAUCAGCCGGAGAGCAACUGGAAGAAAGCACUCGGGCGUCUUCGACUUCCUUAGAGAAGUCUAUCAAAUGCCUCACGUCCGCCUCUCCGACGAAUUCCGGCAGACCGUCGAACAGAUGCUCCCAAUUCAGGGGGAAGAUCAAACCUCAGAAGCUAUUCUAGAUGACGUCGGCGACGACCCACUUCCGGAUACAGAUGAUAGGAAGAGAGAGGAAAUGUAG